GACCUAAUCAGAGGGAAAAGAGGGAACAGGUGUGAGAGAGUAAACGAGGUCGUUAGAGGAGAAUGAGGGACAGCUGGGAGAAGGAAAGGGACCAUAGAGAAAGAGAGAGAUAGAGGGAGAGAAGGUAACCUAAAACGACCAGCAGGGGGAAACGAAGAGAAGAGAAAGAACAGGAACAAGACAUAACAUGACAAUACAUGACACAAAGCGAUGUCCAUACAGAAAUGGUUUGUUGAGAUCGGUGUGGAAAAACUUGACUGGCCUGCACAGAGCCCUGACCUCAACCCCAUCGAACACCUUUAGGAUAAUUGGAACGCCGACUGCGAGCCAGGCCUAAUCGCCCUGUAACACUUUUAGUGCCCGAUCUCACUAAUGCUCUUGUAGCUGAAUGGAAGAAGGUCCUCGCAGCAAUGUUCCAACAUCAAGUGGAAAGCCUUUCUCAGAAGAGUGGAGGCUGUUAUAGCAGCAAAGGGGGACCAACUCCAUAUUAUGCCCAUGAUUUUGUAAUGAGAUGUUGGACGAGUACAUGUCCACAUACUUUUGGUCAUGCAGUGCAAGUCAUGUAUUAUAGUAACACUUUCAGUUGACUGUGGCAUCAGCUUCUCACAGGAUGUCAUCUCCUCUCCUUAUGUUGACAUUGUCCCUCUCUGUUGGGAGAUUCAGUCAAGUCUCCCACUCUGGUCGCGUCAAGACCCCUGGGGAGGCUCCAUGGAGGAGUACCUGCUAGAGAGGGAGCAUACUCUAGCAGUGGUUCUACCAGGAGGCCUGGAGAAAACGGCCCAGAUACAUGGGAGGUAAGAGGCAUACAGACAGAAUGUUUCGUUGGAGCCAUACAAAAUUGUACUGUGUAUUUGGAAUGGAUUGACUUUGUACGAAAAAGGUAUGAAAAUGUAUGCACUCACUUCGAUGAGAGCAUCUGCUAAAUGACUAAAAUGUAAAUGGGUUCCUUGGACAUACUGGUCACACUCUGUGCCCUGAACCACCUGAAUCCAUCUGAGUUCACCAUAGAACUCCAGAAACCAAAUAUCCUUCAAUCCCACCUCUCUGAUUGGAGCCAUGGAGGCUCACAGGAUCAUACUGAAACCUAAAGGGGGAGAGGAGAAGAUAAAGAGGCUGUACGUGCCAGAGGUCACUGUACGUCUGCUGAUCAACUACAAGAAGAACCAUAAGGUCGUUGUGAGGGUCAGCCCUAGAGUCCCUCUGGAGCGGCUCCUGCCUGCGGUGUGUGUGAAGUGUGAGUUUGACCUGGAGUCCACCAUUUUAAUGAGAGCCAAUGGCUCUGAAGAACCUUUAAACCUGAGCAGGUCCCUCGGUGGCUAAGGGAACUGUACGCCAAGGACAUGG